AUGCUUCAUGAAACUGGAGUUAAGGACUGCUUCCUCCUGAUUAGAGUAUUUACUUUUAGAGUUCGCACCGACUAUUCGUCUUGGAGUUUGAACUCUCUGUUAAACUCUUGGUUAGGUUAAUUGUAAAAAGCACUGCUUGUGAGAUGGAUAAAUACCCUUGACAUCUGGGAAAUUUUAGAUCAGGAUAAUAUAAUAGAAGAACUUAAAUCAGGAGUGUUGCUCUGCCUAAUAUUAAAGUUCCAUCAACCUAAUUUAGACUUUACUGGACUCUCAAUGAAAGCAAGAGUGAGAAAAUAAUGCGUCAAUAAUAUUGAAAAAGCAUUAUCAAUACUCUAUCAAAAGGGAGCAUCUCCUAGAUACAUUCCCACUGCAGAUGAUAUCUAUGAGGGAGAAAAAAAUCCAGAAAAGAUAUGGUUGAUGCUUCACUCAAUUUUCGAUAUGUUUGCCAUGCACGAUGUGAGGGUCUUAACACCUAAAAUCAUAAAAUGGAUAAAUAAAAGUCUGUAGCAGUUCGGAAGCUACAAAAGCCAUUUGAUGAUGGGUUAAAAACAGGAGGAAAUAUAUGAGGAGUUCAAAAGCGGAUUAAUUUUAGCUUUGCUAUUCUUACUCUAUGUUGAGAAUGCAAGUUUAAGACCUGACCUCAGAGAGAUGACUGAAGUUGAACACAAUUUAAAUUACAUCUUCAAACUAGCAAUCGAAAAUAAUGUGCCUAUAUAUUUUAGAUCAUAGGAAUAUUUGGACUUUGAACAGUAUAACUUUUUCAUGCUCCAACUUUACUAUCUUUACUGCAAAUUCAAAGACUCUAGACCACUAUUUACACCUUCAAGCCUUCCUCAAUUAACUUUUAAAGACGAAGGAAGAAUUCUUGAAGAUAACUCAUAGUCAUCAAGCCACCCAACACCUCAAAGAUCAAGAGAUGAUCAUGUAGAUAGCUUGUCUUCAGAAAUGAAAGUAAACUCAAUGGGUGUGAUAGAUGAAGUAGAUAGCGUAGAUUUCAGUUCCACCAUGAAAUCUAAUCAGUAGAAAACAUCAAACACUCCAAGUCUUGUUAGUAAUGCUAACUAUCUUUAAGAUAAAUAAAAUUAAAUUCGAACUUAAGAUUAAGUUUAGAGAUAAUAACAAUAGCAACAGCAAUAUCCAGACAGCUUUAAAAAGGUAGGCAAGAUUAAUUAAGAUAAGGUUUAACAAUAUCUAAAUUAAGCCUAGUAAAAUUACUAUCCACGAGACACUAGAAAUAGCAGCCAUGAUGAAGAAGGCAAUGUAGAUGAUGAAGAUGAUGACAACUUUCAAAACUCAGAUAGAAGUAGAAGUGGCUCUAGUCUGAAUGAUUUUAACAAGAUACAAUAAAAUCUUAAGAAGGCUUCAUAAAAUAGCAUAAUGACAUAGCAGAAUUCUUAACAUAAAGUCAAUACAUAGAGUAGUCAUAGACAUCAGAAUUCUUAAAAUGUCAUUUCAAGAGACAGUAAUCUUUACUAAGUAGUAAGUGAUGAUAAGUUUGGUAUAUUCUAAAAUAUUGAUCCUAGUCCUUUAUAAUCGCAAGUAAUGGAGAAUAAUAGCAAAAAUUAAAAUUAAAAUCAGAUUCCUCCAUAGAUUUUGAAUGCAGAGCCAUUUAUUUAAGAGCGCAAAGGACUAUUCUAAGAGGAUUUAAGAGUUCAAAUAUCAAUGCAAAAACUUAGAAGUGAAAAGAAAUUUGAAAUAAAUGAAGACCAAUUAACUCAGAUGUACUACUCCUCUGUAGGAAAUUAAACAGCUCAGUUCAUAAAUUAAAACUUUAGCACUCAUGGGGAAAGACAUCCUUAUGGAACUUCGGGUGAUAAUAAUACUAAUAUAAACUCUGUUACAUCUAAUCAUCUUGCUCUCUAAUUUAAUAAUCCUACAAAACAUAGCAAGAGUGAUAGCCUAAUGGGAGGUAACUUUAUUGCUAAUAGAACUAAUUUGGAGAGUGUUGUUUAAAAUCACAAUAAUAUUGUUGAUACGGAUAGGUUGAGAAUAAUUGAUGAGAAUGGUGAUUUAGAUGAGCUGCGGUGUCUCAAGCUUUUAUUUGUUCCACAUAUAUGCAUGUUUCAAUCUAAUAAUAGCAACGCAGCUAAAGGCAUUAUACAAAUUAAAGCACUUGAUACUUUUUACACAGAAUUAAAUGAGGGUUAUGGAGUAAAAUUGAUAGAUUAUUACUCAAGUAAAUAUAUACUUGAUUUGAGAUUCUAAAAUAUUGAGUCGCUUACUAUGAAAAAUAUAUUGCAGAAGUAAUUUUAGAUAGUUAGUGAGAGUGGGAAAAGUAAGACUGUAAUUGAAAUUCUGGACAAGGGGGAUAAUUUCUAUUAGGCUCUUAAUUUUAUUUAUUAGAAAAAUCUCUCUAAAAGAUAUUGA